AUGAGCGGCACUGCCGGCAGUAACCACCGUCGCUUCCACCGAUUCCGUAUCCUUGUAGCUUCCUCGUCCUCUUCAAUUCCGUCGAGGGCGCUACGGAGGAAAAGCUACCUGCAGCAUCCUAAAAUCGUCAAAACCCUAACUAAAGCCUUGCCAACUGCUCCUCUCCCGGAGAUUGUUCCACCAGCUGAAGAAGUUGAGAGCUAUGUAGCUUCCGAGGCAGUUAACAAUGCUGGAAAUUUUGGGGGCGUAAUUGGUAAACUAUCUGUGAAUUCUGUUUUGAAGUUUGCUGUUUUGUUGCUUGGAUUCUUCGUACUCGAGGCGGCAGUUGCUGUGCUGUUAUUUGGACCGCCCGAGAAGGAGGAGAGGUUGAGAAAUUUGGAUAAGAGAAGGAAUUUUAAGGUCUCAGUUUGGGAAUGUGGGUUACUUUGGUGAUGGUGGUGGAUUGGAAGAGAAGGUCAAUGUGAUUAGGGCAAUGGCGAGAGAGAGUGAGAAAAGGCAGGUGGAGGAUGAGCAGGAGAUUGGGAUUGAGAAAGGACGUAAAUGAAAGGUUGGUGAAGCUGCAGAUGAAACUGGAUUCCAAGAAACAUGGAAAAUUUGUUUUUUCUUUUGAGGCAUCUCUAAAAUUAUAGCAGCUCGUAUUCAGUUCUAGAGAUUUUUAAUAUUCGUUGACUGUCGAGAAA